UUACCUGCAUGCCCCAUAUCUUCAAUUCAGUCUUUUAAAUAUUCCCUUGAAUUGCAUGGCAAUUAAAGAUUGAUUCCCCAUUGAAUUCUAUUCAAUUCAUACAUACACUCCUCCAAUCUGGUCUCCAUCCAUCCUCAGAGCUCCUCUGUGCUCUCUCUCCUUUCUGCAAUUAUGGCUACAGAAUUGGAGAUUAUUGGUAUUUCUUAAUUUGCAUGCAGAAGCCUAGAAUCACAGAGGUACAGGUGAGGAUGGAUUGUAAUGGGUGUGUACAGAAAAUCAAGAAGGCCUUACAUGGAAUAAAUGGGAUCUAUGAAGUGUACAUUGAUUUCCCUCAUCAAAAGAUUAGAAUAGUUGGAAGGGCAGAUCCUGAGAAGAUAGUAAAGGCCAUUAAGAAGACUAGAAAGAGUGCUGCUGUGAUUUGUUCUCAUACUGAACAACAACCCAAGCCAUCAGAGCAACCACCACCACCACCUGAUGAGGCUGAGGAGACAGCCAAAGCCAUAGAUCCUGAUCCUCCGAUGGCCCCCGAAAACCAACCAGCAGAUGAGGAGAAACAGUCACCUGAGACUGCUGAAAUGCAAACAGCAGACCAAACCUCAAAGCCAAAGGAGGAUAAUGUUCAUGUGAUAUACCACUAUCCUCCACAUUAUGGCUAUACACAACAAUGGAAUAAUUCUCAACCACCUAGAGCUGAGCCACCACCACCCCCCAUCUGUUCAGAAUACAGACAAGAGCCACCACCACCCCCCAUGUAUGUAAGUCACAGUUACAACAGCUAUAAGCCAUCACCCCAUGUCACAAGAAGAUAUGAUCAAUAUGUGGACUCAUCACCUCCAACAUACACACAAUAUGGUAGGCCUGAUGGGCAUUAUUAUACCAUGAUGGCAGAGGACUACUACCAUUACAGAGAUGAUGAGUAUCACAAUAAUGGAAAUAUUGACUCAGUUUUCAGUGAAGAAAAUCCAAAUUCAUGCACAAUAGUCUAAGAGGUAGCCACAUGCCCAUCCCAUCCCCUCUCAAUGAAAUAUACUGAUGAAUUAAGCAUGCAUGAUGGUGAAUUGAAGAUGAAUGGAAUUUUUUUAGGUU